AUGGAAUCCUCUUCCUCCAAAAUGAACUCUGCUCCAAAAAGUAUUGAGAAAGAAGAGAAUAUGUUUGAUCUAGAACCUGACAAUAAAUUCAAACAGAUCUUGCCAACCAUCCCAAUAAAAAAGGGUUCUUGGUCGAUGGAUUUCUACCAGUAUGAAGGUUUUUGGUACCCUUUAUUCCAUCUACCAGGAAUGUUGUUUGCUCAAGAACAUUUCAAGCCUCAACCCAACCAGGUGAUUUUGAGUAGUUUUCCAAAAUGUGGCACAACUUGGCUUAAGGCAUUGGCUUUUGCCGUAAUGACACGAUCCUAUGAAAGCGAGCCUACAAAUCCUUUACUCUCAAGAUUGUCGCAUGAUUGUGUACCCUUUAUUGAGUUUAAUAUUCGCUCAAGCCAACAAAGAUUGAGUCUAGAUGUUCCACUUGUGUCUACACACAUUCCCUACACUUCCCUACCAAAAUCCAUUAUAAAUUCUAGUUGUAAAAUUGUUUAUUUAUGCAGGGAUCCAAAGGAUGUAUUUGUGUCUAUAUGGCACUUUUACAACAGGAAUGUUUCUAGGGUAUUUGAGAGCGAGCUUGGAAUCACCAGAGAGAAGGAUGUACUUGAGGAGGAUGUACUUGAGUCAUUUUGUCAAGGAUUACUUUCUUGUGGACCAUUUUGGGAUCAUAUAUUAGGGUAUUGGAGAGCAAGUUUGGAAUCACCAGAGAGGAUAUUGUUUAUUAAGUAUGAAGAUUUGACUAAUGAAACUGUAUAUUGGGUAAAGAAAUUAGCUCAAUUUAUUGGUUAUCCUUUCUCUUUGGAGGAAGAAGAUCAAGGUAUGGUGCAAAAGAUUAUAGAUUUAUGCAGUUUUGAAAAUAUGUCCAAUUUAGAGGUAAAUAAAAAUGGAGUGAUGACAUUGGAGAUUGGAAUCAAGAAAGAUGAAGUCAACACAUACGAGUUCAAAAACAAUAUGUAUUUUAGGAAAGGUAAGGUUGGAGACUGGAAAAAUCAUCUUACACCUGCGAUGGCAAAACGAAUUGAUCAGAUAACUGAGAAAAAGCUAAGUAGUUAUGGCUUGACAUGGAAUGUCUGA